CGAUUGUUGGGCCGUUCUUGGCACACUGGUUUUGACUACGGAUAACUCCGUUUACCUGAUCAAGAUAUGGGGCUUACGGCGGGUGUGACCAGUCGACAGGGGAUGCUUACCUUUCCUAGGCACCCGAUCCCACCUCUGGUCUGUGUUUAAUACGUUGCUUCUAUUUACACGCUGCUAUUCCGGGAAGUAACUUCGAAUAAUACUAGUAAUUCAUGAAUAAAAAUGAAACGUAGAUUACGAAAAUCAAGAUAUAGCCUAUAUUUCUAAAUAUAUAUAUAUAUAUAUAUAUAUUCAGCAGAACUUUAAUAUAUAGGCCUACAUGUUAUUGAUAGAUCAUUCAAUUUAAUAUCAUUUAAAUGAUUUAAACCACUGAAGUUAAAUAAUAAAACGUGAUUUUCUUUUAUCAAAUUCAUACGAGCAAUACAAAACAUAAAGGCAAAAAUCAGGUUUUCUUUGAUGAAAUUAAACGAAUUUUUCAGCCAAUCAAACAUGCACCCACGCUCGCGCAUGAAACAUCUAAAUGUGUUGCAAAAAUAUGACGUCACAAUAUAAGAAAUGACGUACUCAGUUUUUAUUUGGCUGUUUCUUCUGCAAGAUGGGAUCACGGCGGUUACUCUGGCCAAUAAUGAGAACUGGACGACAAGUCGGACAGGGCGUCACAAGCGCUGGGAGGAGGAGGCGUAUGAUGAUUACGGCGGAGAUAAAAUCGAUUAUCAAGAAGAGACGGAGGAGGAGUCUAGAAUCAAGAACCUGAUGUUGAAUUGGGAGAAACUGGCUCUGCGCUUCAUCUUCGUCAUAUCCUUUUUGCUGAUGGUCACGUUCUGCGCCUGUCAUUUCUGUCAGAAAUACAUGAAGCAGCUUUGUAGGAAUGUCCACUGGUGGUGUCACCACUGCAUGAUGGGCUGGUGUCCUUGCUGCGUGGAAGACCCCAUGUUCGAAAAAAUUAAGAUGUUCUCCGAGAGCUAUGGCUUGAAUUUAUCUGAGGAUGCCUACAACCAACUGAAGAAAGUAAUGGAGGAAGGGGCAGCCCAGGGAAGAGGGGGAAUGGGGAUGGGCAGGAUAUGACACUGAUGGAUGACGGGAUAGCUCAGUGAAGGAGGAUUCUGGGAAUCAGCAGAAUGCGUUAUAUAUAUCAGACUUUCAUAAAUCAGCAAUUCUAAUUAUGGAAUUAAUAAGAAAGCUAGCUGCAUGUGUGUCGUAUUUUCGUGAUCAAUAUUAACAUUACAAUUAUUAUCAUUGAUAUAUCAUCAUCAUCAUUAUAGAAAUAAAAGGAUAGAUCACUGAAAAAUCGGACAAUAUCUAUGAUAUUGACGACUCACGUUUGCUAAAGGGUUAAGGCCACAAUAAACUUGACAAACCGUAAACAUGAUGAAGACUUGCUUUCAAGCCAUAAAAAUGUACAAAAAAAUCUACACAACAUGUGGAUUCUUGUAUAUAAAAGUGACAAAUUUAAAGUGUGUUCUUUAGAAAAGAGAGUUAAAACGAAUUGUUCUGUAUGCAUAUGUACAUAUGUAUGCGCUAUUGCGGUUCCGCUCUGACUGCAAGGUCAGGGUCAUGUAUUACAAAUCCAGAAUCUACAGCAUAUUGAACAUGGAGAUACAUACAUAUCAAUCUGACGAUUUGUACCUUUUCUAUUUCUAAAUAGAAUUCAAGUAAUGUUUUAUACAUCCCCAUGUAAAAUUUUAAAUCUUUGUUACGACCCCAUCUUGGCCUUGGGGGUUCAUUGUUUGAACAAACUUGAAUCUUGAAGCGUUAAUACAAAUUGCCUUUUCUGAAUUAGUAGAUUCUUGAGAAGAUUUUGAGACCAAACUUAUAUUCCCUAUUGUAAGUGACGCGGUGGUGUUAGAGCAACCGAACAUGUAAAUGUGAACAACAAUGAUAUAUCUUUUAAAAGAAAGGCUCAAUUUUAAUAAAACAUGAACACAAUCUUGUCAAAAACACCUUACUCUGCAUUUUAUUACAAUUAAAUACAAUUAUCUAAUAAGUACCAAAUAUUUAGCAUAUAAUUUUUUUUUAAAAAAAACUCGUUGCUGUGUCAAUUGAUUCGUUGAAAUCGAGGAAACAGUCAAUGUUUUAUAAGGCAUUUCUUCACAA